AUGGGGUUUUCCAUCAUCCCUGUGGAAAAUAUCGAUAUCCCCUUUGCCGAUCUUCAAGCAAAACAACCCGAGAUUGAGCGAUUUUCUGCCAGUACUCUUAUUUUCCUUUGUGACCCCCACAAACCACUCACCGCAUACCUGCUUCUCUGUCAACGGGCUCUACUCGGCAAAGACGAGAACGGCAAUGACAAGAAGAAUUCAUGGGCCUUCAGCUGGGAGCCACCGGGGGGAUCGAGAGAGAUAUUCGACAAAACUAUUCUGAGCACUGCGAGACGUGAGACGGAAGAAGAAGUCAACUUGCACGGCUCGCGCGUUUCUCGUCAUGUCUACAGGGAUUCGUGGAUACACAAGGGAGUUCCGAUGGCAAGAUACACAUUUCCUCUGGAAGUUCAUGAGCCACUCAAUCUCCAACGAACAUGGUGCGACAGACAGCAGCAGCCCGUCGGUAGGAAAGAAGGACCCAUACGGUUAAGGGAAGAUGAACAUCUUGAUUACUGCUGGGUUACGGAAGCACAAAUCCGUGGUUCACCUCUCUACGACGAAACGAAUCCUCAGCAUCAAAGAGGACUUGCUAUGCUUGAAAGCAAGAAGGAGAUGAUCCUCAAUGCUUUUAUGCGGCUGAAGAAUUCUCAACUUGAUAUGACAUACGAUUUGUCAGUGGAUUGA